UUGACAUUACAGCUGCACUGGUCGAGCCUUGCAGAGAUGCCAACUGACCUCCGAAGCCUCCUGGCACUCAACCGUGCCUACCAAGCGUUGCUCGACAACGCCAUCUGUGAGUUGGCAGAAAGGCUAGAAGAGAACAGGCAGCUGAGGAUGGAGCUUUUGGCAAAGCUCUCCGAGCGAUCUGCGCGACCCGCAAAGCCGAAGGUGCGCAAAAACUGGUACCACUCGCUGGUGUUCCACCACCCGUACUUCAGGGACAUCAAUGGAAUGCGGGCGCCCAUGAACGAAGAUGAGAAGAUCAAGCGAGCCAACAAGGAGAUGGACCCGUACCUCACCCCACCUUUGCAUUGGAGCGCCGAGGAAAACCGCAUGCUAGUGGAAGCAGUGAAGAGCAACGUGCUGCAGCAGAGUCUCGAAGAGCAACGUGCUGCAGCAGAGUGCUGCAGCAGGGCCUCCUUGCGGUCCAUGAUGGACCGCAAGGAGGCCCUGGCACAGAAGAUUCUGGAGACUGAGGAUCCCGACCAGAUAGCCGAAAUCACCGCUCGCAUAGACCAGCUGGAGGAGCAGAUGGCCAAGACUCGCGAUCUGAGCCUGGAAGAGCUGCUGGAGCAGGCUACGCGCCCCAUCGACUGGCUGCGCAUUGCAGCUGUUGACAUGCGGACGAACCGGACGGCAUUCGACUGCGAGGCGAGGUGGCGCAACCUGCUGGACGUGCGCCUGAACCAGGGCCCCUGGACUCCCGAGGAGGACGAGCGCCUGACGACCGUGGCCGCCAAGUGGAAAGGGCGCAACUGGGACCAG